CUGUAUUAUGUCCGGCGUCGGCUUCCGUUCCUCCAUUCUAAUCCUGAUAGCUGAUUGGCCGCAGGCGGUCAGCGCCUCAUUUCAUCGAGACGUACCAGAUACGCAGGAGCUAGCCUAGCUACAGAGUGAAAAUGAGCGUACGCAAGCAGACCCCAAGCGACUUCCUGAAGCAGAUCAUCGGACGGCCGGUCGUAGUGAAGCUCAACUCUGGAGUGGAUUACAGAGGUGUUUUAGCAUGCCUCGACGGCUACAUGAACAUCGCAGUGGAGCAGACCGAGGAGUACGUCAACGGGCAGUUGAAGAAUAAAUAUGGAGAUGCAUUUCUCCGAGGAAACAACGUGUUAUACAUCAGCACCCAGAAGAGGAAGAUGUGAAAGUGUUGCUGUCUGAAUCCUGCAUGUUAUUUCACUGCUCAUAUUUUUUUUCUCUUCUAUUUUAACUGUAGGGCUAAUAGAUGUGUUUUUGUUUGACUUGGCAACUUUUUUGUUUUGUUAAAGUUUGUGUUGCAGUACACACACACACGUGUGAUGUAAUAAAAUCGUUUUUCCUCCACUGAAAACUUUGUUGUAAUUAAUAGUUUUUUUUGUUGUUGUUAUGAUGUACUGUGUUUUUGUCACUGUGGAUGAAACCGACUGCCAAAAUACUGCAAUCUAAAAUCUGAUUUUGAGCUGCAUGUCUGAAUAAAGAGGUGUUUUCUA